CGCUCAGCGUCGAGGCUCUUCAGCUGGUUAGCCAAACAUCCACAGAAAAAGAGAUGAGCAGGAAAACGAGACGAAGAAAAACGACAACAAUUUCUUCCCCGCUACAAAAAUAGCGACGUAAGGAAAAUCUAAUUAGGUGCCGGAACACAGUAUUCUUUGCACCCAGGGACUAAACUUUACCUGGUGUUUUAAAGGACCAAGCAGCUGCGCGACACAUUAUCAGCCUCUGUGGGACAAAGAACGAGUACAAAGGUCCACUAAUUAUUGGGACACAUGAUCUAAAGCCAUCCAGUUUAGACCUAUGGCAGUAAAUCAAGCAACACAAGUAUUCUGUCAGAUAUAAGAAAGGGGAAGCUCUGAACUCCCUCGGUUUUAUUUGUCAGUUGUCAUGGUGGAUUGUUAUGUGUGAGCCUGAAGCUAGCUUAGCUUCCCAGCUUCAUAUAGCAUGUUAGCAUAUGGCUAGCUACGUGUGGUGACAGAUUGAGCUGUUAUCUUUCUCUCCUCCAUCACCAUCUCUGGCCCCUACAAGGGGGUAUAAAGUCACUGCAAGGAAUCCCCCCUCACCCCAUCGUCUUUUCAUUUUAUUUUUCAUUCAGUUGUCAUCCACCGUCCCACCGAAAGAUCAUUGACUUUUGUUCCAUCUUUGACUCUCAUCACCGUUGUAUUCUGCCAUUUAACUCAGUCGAACUAAAAUCUCCUCCUCCAUGAGAUCAUCUUCUUCUGUUUGAAUUCAUCCCACAUCCAUCCCAGUUCAUCCUAAUCUUCCACCGCUCAGUCCUUUCCAUCUUUAAAGUCAGAGUGCGAUUCUCUGUCGACCACCCCGACGUUUGUUAGGCCGCUAGGCAGUUGUUUUGGUGGUUGUUUUGGUUGCAUGGAAUCGGCUUAACCGUGGAGAGGCCAGGCUACCACAAACUGAUGGACUUUGACAAGCGAGGAGUAGGGGGAGGAGGGGGUGGGGGAGGAGGCGGUGGAGGUGGAGGAAAGGGGGAGGUGGAGGAGGGGAAGAGGAUGUCUGGGAAGACGGGGAGCCGAUCGGGGCAUGGUGGCCGGGGUGCCGGCUCCAACUCCGGGGUGCUGAUGGUCGGACCAAACUUCCGUGUCGGAAAGAAGAUUGGCUGUGGGAACUUUGGAGAGCUGCGACUCGGAAAGAACCUGUACACCAAUGAAUAUGUGGCCAUCAAACUGGAACCAAUCAAGUCACGGGCACCACAGCUCCACCUAGAAUAUCGAUUCUACAAACAACUGGGAAGUUCAGAGGGUGUACCCCAGGUGUUUUACUUCGGACCUUGUGGUAAAUACAAUGCUAUGGUUCUGGAGCUACUGGGACCGAGCUUAGAAGAUCUAUUUGACCUCUGUGACAGGACCUUCUCUCUAAAGACUGUACUCAUGAUAGCCAUACAACUGAUAACUCGCAUGGAGUUCGUCCACACCAGAAGCCUGAUCUACAGAGACGUGAAGCCCGAGAACUUCCUGGUUGGCAGGCCCGGCUCCAAGCGACAGCACACCAUCCACAUCAUAGACUUUGGCCUGGCGAAAGAAUACAUCGACCCGGAGACGAAGAAACACAUCCCGUACAGAGAACACAAGAGUCUGACUGGAACUGCUAGAUAUAUGAGCAUCAAUACACAUCUGGGGAAAGAGCAAAGUAGGCGGGACGACCUGGAGGCUCUUGGCCACAUGUUCAUGUACUUCCUGCGAGGAAGCCUCCCCUGGCAGGGACUCAAGGCUGACACACUGAAAGAACGUUACCAGAAGAUUGGAGACACAAAGAGAGACACACCGAUAGAGGUUCUCUGUGAGAACUUCCCAGAAGAGAUGGCCACCUACCUGCGGUACGUGCGUCGGCUGGACUUCUUCGAGAAGCCGGACUACGACUACCUGAGGAAACUCUUCACGGACCUCUUUGACAGAAACGGAUACAUCUUUGAUUACCAGUACGACUGGACCGGAAAGCCACUGCCGACUCCUAUUGGUCCAGUGGCCAGUGAGACUCCACUUCAGACAAGCAACCGAGAGAAAGCGCCACAGACCAAAAACCAGUCUCCAGAGGGGAAAGGCAGUGAGUCCCAGCCAACUCCAGUGACCAAUCGAGAGCUGCUGGGCUCCCAUCUCACUGCUGAUAGGCUGGGCGGGUCUGUCCAGGUGAUGAGUUCAACCAAUGGGGAGCUGAAUACAGACGACCCCACAGCAGGACACUCCAACGCACCAAUCACAGCCAACGCAGAGGUUGAAGUGGCUGAUGAUACCAAGUGCUGCUGUUUCUUCAAGAGGAGGAAGAGGAAAGCUCUCCAGAGACACAAAUGAAAACCAGAGAGACGAGAGAGAAACCCCUGCUCUCUUCUUUGCCAUCUCUCCUUCCUUUCUCUCUCUUUGUCUAGCCCUUUUCAUAUAACCCUCUCUCACCCUCCUCCUCCUCCUCCUCCUGCGGUCCGCCUCGACUCGGCUGGACCAUCAGGCAGCGGUUUGCUGGUCUGAUCUACUCUGGAUUCAACAGACAGGCGGUGUUUGGAGUUUGGGCUGGACGUACCAGCCGUGGACCCUUCAUGUAUUUAUGGUCACAGAAUGAACUGAAACCAGAUCAACACAAACCGCUUUGGAAAAACACGUGACCACUGAUGAACAGCUGACGAACUGUGAGCAGCGAGCUGAUUGGCUGACGGACUGUGAGCAGCGAGCUGAUUGGCUGACGGACUGUGAGCAGCGAGCUGAUUGGCUGACAGACUGGAUUCAGCUAACUCGUUCUCUGUUUUUUUGGUUUUUGUUGUUUUUUUUUCUUCCUUACUGACUGGUUCAGAGGAGACAGAAGUGUAUUUCAGAGGAAAUACAGAAGAGAGGACUACAAAAGCAAGGGAUGCAACGAGACUCUCGGACCACAUGUGCACACAAAACACACGCACACACAGACACACACACACACGCUGCACACUUUUCUUGAUUACAUCCUAAAGAGACUUCAUGGACAAAGAGAUGCAGCUCUCCCACAUAGUCUAUAAAGUUUUUAUUCCCUGGGGUCAGAGGAAGUGCACGGCGAGCGGCCCGGUCUAUUUCCUGCAAUAGACGUGGCUCGGUGUAUUUCUCCUUCACCCUCAGAGGAAAACCUCACAACCAACCAGGAUCAAAAGUUUAAAAAAGAUGUUUAUGUAAAAUCUAUGCUUUUUUCCCCCCGUUUUAAUUUGUAACUAAAAGACUGUGUUCUAUUUUGAACCUGUGUUUUUCCGUCUAUUUUGAGUUGUUCAGAAAGUUUGUUUUGUAGAUUCUAGUGUGUUCCUCCAAAUGUAAUUUUUUUUUUUUUAAAUAACUUUUUAAUUUUCAGCUUUGUUUUUUUUUUCCUCUUUCUCUCUGGGUUGGAGGAUGGAAAGUCGGAUAACACCAUUAAAAAAGCAACCAAACCAAA